CUCUCCGCUUUUAUUGAAGACAAAGGCCGCAUUCCUCCACUUUUCAUCUACGCUCAAAUUUCUAACCCGAAAUAUUCUUCGGAUAACAUAAGAUCGGCACAUGAAAGCAACUAUAACGAUACGCCUG